AUGAGUCGAGCCCAUCGUCGUGGGCCGUGGGUGGCUGAGGAAGAUGCCACUCUUCUUGCGCUUGUGGCCUCGAGAGGCCCAAACAACUGGGUACAGAUCUCACAACACAUGCAUUUUCGAUCACCGAAACAGUGUCGAGAACGCUAUCAUCAAAAUUUGAAAUCGUCGCUUAACCAUGACCCCAUAUCAGCCGAGGAGGGCGAGUUGAUCGAGCAAAUGGUGUCCGACAUGGGCAAGAAAUGGGCAGAGAUUGCACGGCGGCUAGGUAAUCGCAGCGACAAUGCAGUAAAGAAUUGGUGGAAUGGAAGCCAGAACCGGAGGAAGAGGAAUGUGCCACAUAAUGGUCCAUCCUCCAAGACUCUUUCCAAUCGCACGCACCCACUUUCCCUGGUCAGAUCAUCGAAAUCUCCAGUCGAAUACGAUGUCAGGCAUCGAAAUUAUAGCAACCCAUCUCCUCGAUGUACUCCAACGUGGCAAGACAGAGGAGCAUCCAACCUCGAUCGACGCACUCUUCGCAGUCAACAGAAUCAGACAAUCGACAGGAUAUACAGCCGUGGGCAAUUCCACUCGGACCUUCACGACGCCCAGCAGUUUCAAAUCAACACUUACCGUACGCAACGCACGCCAGAGCGCCUUUCAGGUCCAGUACUAUGCAGAUAUGCUGAUGACCACAACGCACAGUCAUUACCGUCACUUCGUCUCAUCAACACGAGUCAACCUUCUCCGUCACGGGUGUCUCACGUCAUGGAACCACCUCAUUCUGCGACUUCCAUGGAGCGAGCGCCAUCUCUAGUAUCUGAUCAUAACUCCACUUAUUCAAUCUCUCCGAAGACUUGGUCUUCACCACGACCAGAUGUCUCUGCUCCAGCGGAGAGCAGUCGAUCGCGUUGGCACGAUUCGUCGCACAUGGACCGCAGAGGAAGUGCACCCACCAUCUCCAAUUUGGUCUCCAUGCCGUUCACAGGCGAUGAGGGAUACGUUUCAGCUAUACCUCCAUCGGCAUCUUCGGAACCAAAAUAUCUCCUUCCAACGCCUGUAAGCAGGACAGUAAGCUUCGACGGACAAUACAGCAGCAGCCAUCGGUACUCUGCCUCGAACCCAAAUAUCUGCCUCGCACCAAAGGUUGAACACCACAACCAUCUCCAGGACUCUUCCGGCACUCGGGAUACCCGUAUGAAAUUUUCCAGCCUCUUGAAUUGA